GCAACGCCCAUUUUAAUCGCCACCUGACUUGCCAGCACGCGUGUGUUUGGCUAUUUGGGGUAUUCUAGUGACUGUGUGCUUGUCAUUUAUGACAAGGGCGGAACACUCUGUUAGCAACAUUUUUAAAGACGCAUUAGCACGCAUUAGCACUCGCACGCACUCGUAUAGUGCAACACGUCGAGAGAGAGAGAAGGUUCAAAUAUAUUAUAUAAAAAGCAAAACGAGAAAAGACAAAGAAGCGAGUAAGAAUAAAAAGGUAUGUGACUAUUUAGUAACGAGUCAUGUGAAAUGGCGAGAGAGAGACGAAUAAGGACAAGAACACGCAUCAGUCAAAAUUGAUAUACAACCUGAUAAGGGAAGAAGAGAGAGAGAGAGAGAUGAGUGAGUGAGUGACCAGAUGACCUCUCCGUGUUUAAAAAUUCUCUCUCUCUUCUUGUUCCGUUUCUCUCUCUCUAUCUGACUGUUGAUUUGUUAUUCCCUCUCUCUCUCUCUCUCUCUCUCUCUUAUAUUGACCUCUUUUUUUAUCUCUCUCUCCUCUCUCUUGUUUAUUACACACACUCCCACGUAUUGUUCCCUACUCUCUCUCUUACUUUGUGUGUGUGUGUGUGUGUGGGAAUAUAUUGAAAACUUGUUAUUCUCUUCUCAUAGUCUUUUAUUCUCUCUCGCUGCCAAGUCAUUUUAUUCCUUACUCUCCAUUCUACUCUCCUCCUCUUCCUACUACUCUCCUCUUCCUACUACUCUCCUCUUCCUACUACUUACACAAGAGAGAGAGAGCGUGUGUGUGUGUGUUUAGUGGUUCUGUACUCGCACACACUAUAGAGUUUUUUCUCCCUUUUUUCGUGUCUUUCGAUAACUGGACACUAUCGAAAAAAAAGGGGGGGAAUCGGGCGCGAGCUACACACAAACGCAGCCUUGUCUGCUGCAUUGACCAUCGCUCCACCACCAAUACCCACUCGUAGAAAACUAUCUAUUAUCCUUUUUACACAUUGGUGUGAGCAGCUGACAAAAGAAAGCGAGUAUUGGACGAGAAUUUUAAACUCGGCCCUCCUCGUUUGUAUAUAAGAGAUUUACAUUCCUGUAGACCUUUUCUUUUUUUUUUUACAUACCCCCUCCCCCACCACCACUACUACUACAACUACACAAGACCCACUCGGGCUAGAACUUUCAAUAUGUCUCGUCACUUGUAAUGUCAGCCCUUCCUUUCGGGAGAGCACUCGUACCAUCAUCAAGAAAUGUAAUCGAGCGUCAAAAGAUUCAUUCUUUUGGUGUCUGUGGGUUCUACCCAUCUCACUCCUUUUGCAAACGAUCCACCACACGAUUGAGACCCCUUGUAGCAUUAUUUCAACACAACAACGCACAAUAACCCAUCUCGUUCGCGAAAACGAACCUAUCGGCAUUUUUACACAAAAGAUAUCCUCUCUGCUCCUCGACACAUUUUGUUUGGUUUUUUUUUAAAGGAUACCAUAAACCAUGAGCGACAACGACGACUUUAACCCGCACGAUAAAAUCGGUCAGCUCCUAGACGACGGCCGUCUCCGGCUCGUUUCCGUCCUCGGCAUGGGCUCCUUUGCCGUCGUCUACCUCGCAGAAUCCACCACGAACCCCUCGGACCAAUUCGCCGUCAAAUGCCUCUUUAAAUCCAACCUCACGCCCACUCAACUCGCCCUCCAGCACAAUGAAGCAACCGUCAUGUCCCUCCUCUCUGGCCACGAUCACAUUGUCAAACUCUUUAAAACAAUCGACACGGACGACUGCUUGUACCUUGUCCUCGAAUACUGCGAUACAGACCUGUUUGACUUGAUUGAGAAGCGCAAUGGACUUGAUCCCACUUUGGCUCGCACCCUUUUUCACCAGCUCCUCGACGCAUCAGAGUACUGCCAUUCCAAAGGCAUUUACCAUCGCGACUUGAAACCCGAAAACGUGCUCGUUACGUUUACGGGUGAUGACACUAUUUCACUGAAACUCACCGACUUUGGACUCGCAACCACUCAAGAAUGGUCUACGGAAUUUGGAUGCGGUAGUGUCCGGUACAUGGCCCCCGAAUGCCUCGAUGCCUCUGGACCCGGCUACUCGACUCCCGCCAACGACGUUUGGGGCCUCGGCAUCAUGCUCAUCAACCUCCUCACUGGCCAAAACCCGUGGAUCGAACCGACCGCAACGGACCCACUGUUUGAGACAAUGCUAAACAGCGGAUUCGACCCCGUCCGUCGCCAAUUUGGCUUCUCGGAAUCAUUGGGAUGGAUCUUGGAGCGCAUGUUUUGUUUGGACCCUUUUGAACGUGCGUCGUUGGCUCAAGUCCGGGAAUGGAUGCAAGGAAUCGAGUUUUUCGAGUCUGUUCAAGAAGAGUCUACAUCUUGGUCUAUGGAUAUGGAAGAAAUGGAUUUCGAAACCGUACCCGUAUUUGACGAACCCAAAUCUCGGCCAUCCGAUUCCGCCAUUGCGCUUUCUUCCUCGCCGAAUCAAGAGACUCACGCUACUAUUCCUCCCGUGCACGCUGAAUCGAUCCCGACUGUCCCGCCCUCGACGCCGGUCCUUCGUAAAGACCUCGUGAGCGCCUCUAAACAGGCUCAGGAUUUGUUGCGUGGGGCUGUCACGUCGCUUCAGUGUUGGUGGAUCGCGGUUUCGGACGUGUGUCCGAGGGUGGAUGGGGUGUUGGUUUGUGUUGUUGGGACCUGAAAAUAUAUUUGAGUGGGUUUGGGACGGUGGUUUGGGGGUGUUUUGUUUUUUUUUGUGUGGGUUCGGGGUGUGACUUUAAGGGUUUGGUGAGUGAGAGAGAGACUUUUUCUGAUGCAUUUUUUUUAUACUGGUGGGUGUAUUUCUUUUUUUUUUUUGCUUUUUGUUUUGGCGAGGCUUUUUUUUUUUGCUGGUGUUGUCGUUGUUGUUGUUGUUGUUGUCGUUGUGUGUGUGUGUGAUGGUGUGAUUAUGAUUUUUCUUUUUCCGAUAAAACAAAAAAAUAUAUAAAAAAAAGACGUUGAAGGAAUGUGUUGUUUUUGCUUGUGUGUUUUUGCGUAAAUGCCUUUUGUAUAUCUUUUAAAUAAACAUAUCUUGCAAUUCAAUAUA